AUGGGUCACAAACUUUUGAGAGGCGGCACGGUCAUUGCCUUCAACAAUGCUACGCAGAAGGUUCAAGUGAUCAGGGGCGAGUCGGUGCUAAUAAAAGACGAUCGAAUCACAGCAAUUGCUCCUGAUGCCGAUAUCGAGACACCAAAAGACACAGAAAUUAUUGAUGUCCAUGGAAAAAUCAUCUCCCCGGGCUUUAUCAACACCCAUGUGCACAUGUGGCAAUCUGUCUUCCGCACCAUCGGGCCCAAUAUCACUUUAGCACGGUAUUUGGGAGGUUGGCUAAGUCAGUUUGGGCCUUCUACGGCUGCGGCUUUCAAGCCAGAGGACGUCUAUAUAAGCUGUUUACAAGGGUAUAUGGAAGGUCUAUCCGGCGGAGUAACUUCUUAUCUCGACCAUGCGCACAAUAACUGGGCGCCGGAGAUGACCAGGCCUGGAUUUAGUGCCGCUAAAGAUAGUGGUGCGCGGGUUUGGUGGUGCUAUGAUGUUGCAAAUCGCGACAACUUCCCAUUUGAAAGACAGUGGGAGGCGCUUAGCGAUAUCGCGGCUAAAAUUCCUGCGUCUGCGCUGGUUCAGCCGGGUAUAUCACUUGAUAGUUUGUCAAUGUCUUUCAAAAAUGAUACGGAAAAUCACUUAAAAUACACGCAGCAAAUGAUCGAGAAGCUUAAUCUUCGAGCUAUCACGGUGCAUCACCUCGGUGGCCCUUGGCCUACCGGUAACACGUCGCCUGCCUACAUUUGCAACAAUCACUUCCACAGUGAAGAACAUCCGGUGGUGUUUUCACACGCGGGAUAUCUCACUAGUGAGGAGCAAAAGGUACUACGAGACCACGGUUGUUUCAUCUCCAUAACCCCGGAAUCUGAAUUCCAUUUUGGCCACGGCCAAACCACCGGACAUCUCGUUUCUGACCAGGCCGCUCUUGGGCUCGAUACCAAUUGGACUUUUUCCGGUGACAUGCUUUCCCAAGCGCGUCUAUGGCUUCAAUCUGUCCGCCGAUCGAAUUUUGAACAGACUUUGGCCAAAGGGCUCCUCCCAAGCGAAAACCCUUUCGCUGUGGAACAGGGGUUUCUUAUGGCUACCAGACAGGGUGGCCUGGCAUUGAAGCGUCCGGAUAUAGGUGUCCUUCAGGUCGGAGCCAAGGCUGAUAUUCUCGUCUUCAAUGGAGACUCGCCAAAUAUGCUCGGCUGGAGUGACCCCGUUGCAGCAGUCAUGCUUCAUGCGAACCCCGCCGAUAUAGAACACGUCUUGGUUGAUGGAGAGUUCCGAAAACGAGACUUUAAACUCCUGAACGUCGGAUGUGACUGGGAUCAAGUGAAAGAAGGAUUCUUGGAGGCAGCGCGACGCAUUCAGCCCCUGGUUGCAGACCCACCCCCUAUGCCUGAGAAGGUGUUUGGGGUAGGAGAGUUGGGGAGUGUUGAAACUGCAAAUUUAUCUUUUUUUCCGCGCAAAUUAGCACUGUUUUCCACGGGGGCAUUUUGCCAGAAGCUUGGUAUAUUAUUGAGUACUAUGGCCACACCUCCUAGCAUGCCCACAAGUGUGGACCCAGCUCAAGGUCCCAUAACUAUCGCUCUUCUAGAAUCCACGGGCAAGACUGGUCGAGUCGUCCUUCGUCAUCUUCUUGAACACAAUGUGCCACACAUGUUAAAAGUCUACGCACGCUCUAUAAAGACACUGGAGAACCUAUUCCCGGGAAUUUCCUCGAACCGGCGCGUGCAGGUCUUUAUUGGAGCGCAUGGUUACGACGAUUUGAGGGAGGGUCAGAGAAUCGUCCUUGCUGACCCAUCCCUUGUAUCCGUGCUGUUGGUACAGCCUGGUGUUUUGGUUGAAGAGGCAGGGGCUGGGCAUGAAAUAAACAUUGAUUCGAUCACUCCCGGCGUCUCUUAUGAGGAUCUCGGCUCCGCUUUUAGAAUUACUCUACAGAUAUCCUUUAAGAUGACAAUUACAGUCGCAAAGUUCCCGCGUGCCACGUUUCCACCCACUACAUCACUAAAGAGUAUCACACCUCCGCCAUUUUUCGACUCUGUAAAGGUCUCAGAUGAACGUAACCAGAAAUUACACGAAUUACUUCUAAAAGGGCACAUGGCAGUGGCACCACUUGGAGACCCACAGUUGAUUUUCCACAGCCAUCUACCUCAUGCCCUGGGUGCGGACUCUGAUCAACUCAUAAAAACAUAUGAACAUGAAAUUCAAAGUCUUAAACCCACCGAGGAUGAAGACUUCGCCAGCAACGAAGUUAUCACUAAGGAGGACUGGAGAAAGUUUCUCCAGCAAAAGAAGUUUGCUGUCGCAUAUGUCGGUUUUUUUUUACGAAGAAUUGGUCACCCGUUUAUCCAUCUAGCCUAUGCCUAUGAACUUCAAGACAAGGCAGUGGCAACGGAGGCUCUCAGUCUAGGCUGCACAGAGUACGAUCCGUUACACACCUUGAUAGACAAUUACCCCGAGGAUAAUUCGACUUAUAAAACGACUUCUCUUGUAGAAGUUCUUUUGCGUAUUCUGGAAGAUAGUCGUUUUAACGGCAUCCCUCCUAAAAAGGGCUAUCUCAACAUAGGAAUAAUUCUCCAGGAGCGCAAUGACGCUGUUUUGGGGCACUGGAAUGCAUGGGAAGUGGAUAAUCCUGCGGAACAGUUACAACAGCUCUGCGAUCUUUCGGUCUUGCUUGGCCUUGGUAGUGGAUCCAGGCCUGGCUUGUUUGAUUUUUACCUUGUUCAUAUCAUGACUGUGGCCCACGCACUUUUGGUUCUCUGGGACGUGUUUCCAGACGAAUCGCGCGUCUCUAUACUACGACAAUACGCUCUUUUCACCAUUCCGACGUAUACUGUGCAAAUGCAGCGGCCUUUCGACUUGAAGAAGAUUGAAGAGGUGCAGACUGAAGGAAAGGAUUGGAACUGGGUCAUCAGCACCGCAUUGAACCAUAAAUGGGCAUUAGACGCCCAUUUCUUCAAGGUUGUGAGAACUCCCAAAGUUUUUGAGGAUCUGUUCGGUUCGAAGGAUGACUUUUACCUCAACCCAGCAAUCAAAUUCGUUACUGAGUUUGAUGGCUGGGAAGGAUUUGGUGACGGCGUUGAAGGGUUUCUUCCCGAUCGCGAUGGAUAUAACGCUGAAUGA